CGGUCGCCGCUCUCUUAUCCCUGAGAAUGAUAAUAGUCGUUAAGGAACGGCUGCGCAGUCAGUUAAUGUGACUCUUGGCAGGAGCCAGUCAAAGUAUGAGUUAAAAUGACGGUUUAAACUGUAAUUAAUGGAAAGUAAGCCCGUUCCUGCUCACUGUUGAACAGCCAGCCGGGAGAAUGGGGUAAAGGCUGUUGCUGUAUUUUAGAUGGCCAAGAGACAAAGGAAUAAAUGCACUGCCGGCAAUGCUGUGUUUCAUCACGGUUAACUACGUGACCAAUGAAUUCCGUCUCACCUUCCUCCAUUCAAUAUGUCCAAAGCCAGGAAGACCUGCGUCCCUCGGGCCCAAAGAGGCAAUUUCCCAGCGAUCACAAGAACGGCUGGGACAGCCACUGUAAUUUGACAGAGAAGCCCCAACACACUGAACCAGAUGAGGUAGACAAGAUAAAAGCUAAGCUGAUGACAGCAUGGAACAAUGUCAAAUAUGGUUGGGUUGUGAAAGGGAGAACAAAUUUCAGCAAAACAUCCCCCAUUUUCCUUCUCGGCCGGUGCUACUGCUUUGAGUCAGAAGCUGAUUCGCCAUCAGACUCAGACACCAGUUACGAGACAGGCAACAACCAAAAUUCCCCUCCUACCUCGGUGGAAUUGUUCCGGAAGGACUUUGCCUCACGGAUCUGGUUGACGUACAGGCGUGAAUUUCCUCAGCUGGAGGGUUCGGUAUGGACCACAGACUGUGGUUGGGGUUGCAUGUUACGCAGUGGCCAGAUGUUAUUGGCUCAGGGACUUCUUGUUCAUCUUCUGUCUCGAAGUAAGUCUUGUCCCUUUGUUUUAUGCUUUUCUGUCUCCUCUGCUGCCUUGACUGCCUGUUGUUCGGGCGGCACUCUUAAGAUGUGAACAACGAUUGUCCAGAUUGUCAGUUUUAUCUCUGGAAGUGUUUGAAACAAUUACUGUAACUAAUUACCCGGGAGGGGCUGUGAAGCCAAAUGCUAUCCUGCUUUUUCCUUUUAUCUGACGAAGGAGCAGCGCUCCGAAAGCUUGUGAUUUCAAAUAAACCUGUUGGCCUAUACCUGGUGUCAUGUGAUUUCUGACCUUGUCCACCCCAGUCCAAUAUUGGCACCUCCAUGUCACUGCUUUUUCUUGACAUUUACAUACUUGCCUAUGGG